AUGGAGUCUUCAGAGCGAUGGCAAAGUAUCGCCCCAGCAUCAGACGAGCCCGGACAGCGACGCCCAGCACCAGACAGGCGGAAGCGACGCCAGGCCGUUGCUGUAGCCUGUGUGCAAUGUCGGAAUGGCAAGGCCAAGUGUGACGGCACUAGGCCCAGGUGCAACAGGUGCAACGACAACGACCUCACAUGUCAAUAUGAUGUUGCCGAAGGCGUCUCUAGAGCAGAGCGAAUGAAGAUCAUGAAGCGGGACAGCAUCACGGGCGAGCUGGAUGAUUUGAAGCGCAUCAUCACUUCUCUGCGCUCUGGCACCGACGACCACGCCGCGGCCGUUCUUGCGAGACUAAGACUGGGUGAAUCCCCCGAAGAUGUUGCAAAGUCCCUACCAAUGACAGCAUCUCCAGCCACAUCCGGGCAGCCUCCCAGCUUACUAGGUCAGGAGUCCACCGACACCUCGGGAAGUGGAAUGAGUCAUGAAUCAGCUUACGAUAUGAGCAAAGCCACGCAAAAGUUCCCCCAGAACUCUGCCGUUUCAAUCACAUCGCCUACGAGCCAGACUGCCGGAUGGUCGCCUGCGGCAAGUAUCUCGUCCGCCUCAUUUCCACCUUUAGCUAAAGGAAAGCAGACACCAUCCGGAGCUUCUGCGUCAGAACAAGCUUUCUUAGCUCCGCUAUUUGACCGAGAAGACUACCUUCUUGCCAAAGAAAUACUUGAUGGGGAAAGUGAGGAAGAUGACGACCCAGAGGACAGACGAAUUGACCCGCGGCUCUUACAGCACAAAUCGACCUUCGACGUUACUGGUGCCCCCGCAUCCUCGUCCAAUGUGUAUCCCUGCAGCCAAAGGCCGUCGCCGCAUAGGCAGCAUACCUUUCGAUCAAUAUACCCUACCCACCUCGCUGGUCGUCAGCCCAUCGUCAACGCCGUCAGGGUACAUCACAACCUAGACAUCGGCCACAUAUUCGGUAACAACAUGUCCUUCUCCAAUCGCUUCAUGUCCACUGGCUACCCUGCCGAUAAUCAAGACACAAACAGUAAUGACUUUUAUCUUCCCACGUGGGCCAUGUUGCCUAUCAAUACCAUAUCUGACCCCGGCUCAUUGCGGGGUGCGAUUCCAAAUAUGCUACGAGAAGCUGUCCACAUGAUCCAAAUGGGACGACCGCUGAGCGAGGUACUCGAACCUCACCCCAACAUUGCCGCCCUCUUCGACGAGGACGUAUUCAACAAUUCCGGUAUACUUUCCAAAUGGGCAGUCGGCAUGGUGCACGGCAACACAUUCACCUGCUUCGGCGCCAUGUACAUAUUCUGGUACCUAAUGCGCUGGAUGAUAUCCCCCUCACCCACGACCUACGCCGCUAUCCCCGAAUGGCUGCGCCCCACGCCCAACCAACUCCUCAUGCCACACAUCAAAAUCGUCGACUUCAUCGUCUGGCCCGCUUUUCGCGAACUCGCUGUCCAAAUCCCCGCCAUGCAGGAACGCAUGGAAUGGCUCAUGGACAUGAGCAUAAACAUCCAAUGCGACUGGUCCUUUAGCACGGGAGAAGCUCUCGUCGCAAACGAGGAAACUGGUCAGCUUGAUCUUUGUGACAAGGCCAAGGAGGCGGUGCGUACGCUGGAGAAUUGGAGCGUCGGACCGAGUUUUAGGGGUUAUGUUAGUAAUGCGGAUAGUUAUGUUAGGAUUAGGACGGAGGGGUAUUGA